UCUUUCCAUUUCCCUCAUCAAGCCUCUCUUCUUCUUCUUCUUCUUCUUCCUUUGUCGCUCAUCUUCCGCUCUCUUCCUAGAUUUCAUCGCCUGCCCCAUCUCCUCCACUCACCGUUGCCGUCGCUGGCAACUCUAUUCCAAUUCCCACUUACCCCUGCAUUUUUCCCCUCUCCAGUAAGUCUUUCCUUUUUUCUUCUCUCUACAACCAAUACACAUUUUAUUUGUACAUAGAGACGGUUAUAUGCAUCAUGAUCAGAUUGUUGUAAUAAACGCUACUGAUGGGGCAUAAGAAGCGCAACCCCACUGCUCGUUCAAGACAACUUCCGGCGGUAGCUGAUGAAGCUGAGAAUCUGAGUAAUCUUUCCAUUGCCAAGAUCGAACCGUCUAUUUCUCCUGAAUCAGACGUAUCCUCUUACUCGAAAAUCAAGAUUGAAUGUGAGCGGGCCUUGACGGCCCUCCGCCGCGGCAAUCACACCAAAGCCCUCCGUCUCAUGAAGGAGUCGGGUAUGCGGCACGGUGAUAACUCGCCGCACGCAGCCCUAAUUUACCGUGUGCAGGGUACGGUCUCUGUAAAGCUGGCCUCGAUAAUCGAUGACCCCAACGCUAAACAGCGGCAUUUGAAGAACGCGAUCGAUGCCGCCCGUAGAGCAGCUUUAUUGUCUCCGAACUCGAUAGAAUUCGCGCAUUUCUACGCUAAUUUGCUCUACGAGGCCGCAAAUGAUGGGAAGGAUUACGAGGAGGUUAUGAAAGAGUGUGAACGUGCCUUGGAUAUCUUGAACCCGAUUGAUCCUGCCAAGGAGAGCUUGCAAGACGAGAGCCAGCAGAAGAUAACAACUGCGGAAGCGAGGAUUACUCAUGUGCAGAGUGAGCUGAGGAGCUUGAAACAGAAAUCGAGCAUUGCUUCAAUUUCGACUUGGAUGAAGAACUUAGGGACUGGGGAAGAAAUUAGAUUGAUACCCAUACGGAGAGCCACCGAGGAUCCUAUGGAGCUUAGGUUAUUGCAAACUAGGAGGCCCAAUGAGAUUAAAAAGGCUACAAAGACGCCUGAAGAGAGGCGGAAAGAGAUCGAAGUUAGGGUCGCUGCUGCCAGAUUAUUGCAGCAGAAAUUAGAGAGUAGUUCGGGACACAAUGACGGUGAGCGGGGUGAAAAGGGAGUGGAAGCGCCAUCAGGGAAUGAUAAGAGAGGAGAGAGGAGGAAGUAUGGGUUUAAUGUGAGGAAGAGUGGUACCAACAAGGAUAGGAAGGAUUGGGUGCGGUCAUAUUGGAACUCAAUGAGCAUGGAAAUGAAGAGGGAUUUAUUAAAAAUUACGGUCUGUGAUUUGAAGAGUUAUUUUGGGUCAUCCAAGGAUGGUUUGGCUAGUGAGGUUUUAAAUGAGGCAUUGGCAUUUGCAGAGGAGAAUAAGGCAUGGAGGUUUUGGAUGUGUUGUAGAUGCCUUGAGAAGUUUGCAGAUUCUGAGAGUCAUAUACAUCACGUUAUGCAAGAGCAUAUGGGGAACCUUAUGCCUAAAAUGCAAGCAGUUUUGCCCCAGAGUGUUGACAAUGAGUGGAUUGAGAUGAUUCUUAAUUGUUCUUGGAAACCACUGGAUAUCUCCUCUGCAGUCAAGAUGCUUGGAAGUCAAGGGAAAUGCCAAGAUGCAGACAUUGUUGAGGAUUUUUACUCGGGGAGUCAUAAUGAGGAGUGUGAUGAUUGCUUCAAUGAUGCGUGGGAUUCUUCUCCAAAGAAGGAAAAUUCAAGGGAUGGCUAUAAUGAUUUUACUAAAGGGAGCAAUGAUGCAGAUAGAGUUUCCAGUAUUGAGUGCAAAGAGUGUGAUGGAAACCAGGGUUCUAUGGCAUACUCUAUUGAUAGCUGGCCGCUAUCAGAGGACUCUGAGAGAGGAAAGCUCCUUGAAAAAAUUCGUGCUGUAUUUGAGGCACUUAUUAAACGCAAGUAUCUUGCUGCAAGCCAUCUAAACAAGGUGAUACAACUUACAAUGGAUGAGCUACAGACUCUUGCUUCUGGUUCUCAGCUUCUAAACCAUGGCGUGGACCAGACACCCUUGUGCAUUUGCUUUUUGGGAGCAUCACAGCUUAAAAAGAUCCUUAAAUUCUUGCAGGAACUGUCUCAUUCUUGUGGUUUAGGAAGAUAUUCUGAAAAAAGUAGUACAAUAGAUGAUGUAAGUGCUACUCAAAGUCCUGAGAUAAAAGAGAAAAUUGUUCUUGAUGGUGAUGUGUUGUGUAUCUACCUUGAUGAAUGUCUAUUGCAAUCUGAAUGUGCUCCUGGCAAAUGUCUUCCUGAUAAUAUGGCCACAGCAACUUCUACUAAUGUUGGCCAUGGAAAUGGGAUUCUACCUGAUGUUGAUGCUUUGCUCUCAUGGAUAUUUGCAGGGCCCUCUAGUGGGGAGCAAUUGCAAUCAUGGGUGCGUACAAAGGAAGAGAAAGUGCACCAGGGAGUGGAAAUUCUUCAGACACUUGAGAAGGAGUUUUACCACCUUCAGAGCCUUUGUGAGAGAAAAUGUGAGCAUUUAAGCUACGAGGAAGCAUUGCAGGCUGUGGAGGAUCUCUGUCUUGAAGAAACUAAGAAAGGGGAAACUGAUACACAUGAUCGUAGCUGCUAUGAAUAUGCACUUAGAAGGCGGAGGGAUGAUCUUGUCGAGAAUGAAAAUGAUGCUUUUUUUAAUAGCAGUCGGAUUGAGUUAGAUGUCAUAGCAAAUGUAUUAAAAGAAGCAGAAGAUCUGAAUGGCAAUCAAUUUGGAUAUGAGGAUACUUACAGUGGUAUGAGUUCUGGGUUGUGUGACUUGGAAUCUGGUGAAGUCAAUAAUUGGAAAACCAAGGACAAUGUGCAUCAAAUGGACACUUGUAUACAAGUUGUGAUUCGGAGACAGAAACACCAGUUAUCAGUAGAGCUGAGCAAAAUUGAUGCUCGAAUCAUGCGAAAUGUAACUGGGAUGCAGCAGUUGGAACUCAAACUUGAACCUGUUUCUGCCUAUGAUUAUCUGUUGAUAUUAUUACCUUUAUUGAAGUCAUACAUGAGGGCACGUUUGGAGGAUUUAGCUGAGAAGGAUGCCACAGAGAAGUCUGAUGCUGCAAGAGAAGCAUUUUUAGCAGAACUGGCACUUGAUUCUAAGAAGAUUGCUAGAGGAGGAAGUGAUAAUUUGAGAAAUACACAGGAGAAGGCAAAGGAUAAAAAAAAGAACAGAGAAUACAGGAAAAGCAAAGAUUCAAAGGCUAUUUUUGGCAAUGAGCAGCAUUUGCUUCAUGAUGAGACUGCUGAGGAAAGUUCCUUUCCAGUUCCAUCCGGUGGUGAUCCGGAUUCUGAGAUUCCUUUUUCAGUGAGUUGCGAGGACUUGAAACAACAGGAGGAAGAAUGUAGACGUAAAAUUGAGCUUGAAGCAGAGGAAAGAAAACUAGAAGAAACCCUGGAGUAUCAAAGACGAAUUGAGAAUGAGGCUAAACUGAAGCACCUUGCUGAACAACAACAUAAGAAAUCCAAUCAAACAUUUCCAGAAAAGGUGGCUGGACUGCCUGAUAAUUAUUUGGAAUGUGGUGCUGAUGAUGCACAUGAGCCAUUGGAACCUUUGACAUUUAAGAAUGGGUUUCCCAAUGAUAUAGAAGUCAUGCCUAUGGUGGAUAGUGCGGCAAUGCCAGUCAAAUCUUCAAUAUCUAGUAAUGAAAUGAAUAGUUUUACUCAUAACACAAACGUAAACGAAGUUCCAACUAAUCAAGGAACAGCAGAUGAUAGUCUUUUGCCUUCUGACUGGCGGACAAGAAGGAAAGGUAGGCGGCAGAAGAGUUCCACUAGAUCUUUUGAUGGAAAAUUUCAGCCAGUUUCAUUAGAAAAGAAUAAUGUUGAAGUUGGAAGUGUUAAUCCUAAUAUAGGGGACAAUGGAACUAGGACAUUGAGACAAUUACAGGCAGAGGAGGAUGAUGAGGAAAGGUUUCAAGCUGACCUUAAAAAGGCUGUGCGCCAAAGCCUUGACACAUUCCAAGUGCGUCAGAAAACACCCUUGAUUUCAAGUUUGGGGAUGCCAGAAAAUAUACCUCUGGAAGUUAACGGUUCUGGUGUUUCACCGAAUGAAAUUCCAAUUGAAAAUGUGAAUGAAACUGAUGUGGUUGGUACAGGCCUGCAGAAUGACGUUGGUGAAUACAAUUGUUUUCUGAACGUUAUCAUACAGUCCUUAUGGCAUUUAAGACGGUUUCGAGAGGAGUUCUUGCAGAGAUCAACAUCAGAGCAUGAUCAUGUGGGGGACCCCUGUGUUGUCUGUGCAUUGUAUGAUAUCUUCACUGCUCUGAGCACAGCAUCUACAGAUAUGCGAAGAGAAGCUGUUGCUCCUACAUCUCUGAGGAUAGCUCUGAGCAACUUGUAUCCCGAUAGUAAUUUCUUCCAGGAGGCUCAGAUGAAUGAUGCAUCUGAAGUAUUGGCUGUAAUAUUUGAUUGCCUUCAUCGAGCAUUUACUUCCGGUUCAAGUGUUUCUGAUUCUGAUUCAGUGGAAAGCAACGCCAUGGGGUCUUGGGAUUGUACAAACAAUGCUUGUUUAGCGCAUUCUCUUUUUGGAAUGAAUAUUUUUGAACAAAUGAAUUGCUAUAGCUGUGGUUUGGAGUCCAGGCAUCUGAAGUACACUUCUUUCUUUCAUAAUAUAAAUGCCAGUGCCCUCCGGACAAUGAAGGUCAUGUGUUCUGAAAACUCUUUUGACGAGCUAUUAAAUCUAGUAGAGAUGAAUCAUCAAUUAGCUUGUGAUCCUGAUGUUGGUGGUUGUGGGAAGCUUAACUAUAUCCAUCAUAUUCUGUCGACUCAACCACAUGUUUUUACAGCAGUUCUGGGAUGGCAAAAUACAUGUGAAAGUGUUGAGGAUAUAGCAGCAACAUUGGCAGCUCUUAGCACGGAGAUAGAUAUCAGCGUUCUGUACCGUGGUCUAGAUCCAAAAAACAUGCAUAGCUUGGUUUCAGUGGUAUGCUAUUAUGGGCAACAUUAUCAUUGCUUUGCCUAUAGUCAGGAGCAUGAACGAUGGAUUAUGUAUGAUGACAAGACUGUCAAGGUGAUUGGGAGCUGGGCGGAUGUUCUUUCCAUGUGUGAAAGAGGACACUUGCAACCUCAGGUUCUUUUCUUUGAAGCUACAAACUAGUGGUUAGUGGAACUUAUCGAAUUAUUCUCUACACAAGAGAGCACUGAGUUCGGCAUGGCUUGACAUUUGAUUGCUGUAUGGGGUGAGAUUUUUGUAGUGAUGCAUUGCGGCUUUGCCCUGACACAGUUCAUAUGAUGAAACAUACAGCUUUGUUUUGAAGAACUUGUAAGUUUUGAUACAAGCCUUCUCAGGGAAGAAUAACAAAUCAAGAGAAUUUUCUUUUGGCUUGAAGAAAUCAGUAACACAAGAGACUGAAGGUGUAAAUUUUUGGUACUCUUGCAUCAGAAAACUUUUGACAGGGUAAUGGAGAUUUUUGCAUGGAAUUUUCAUGGAUCUGUCCAAUAAGGUGGUUUGGUUGAGAAAAAGAGCAGCAUUUUCCUGGUUACCUGCCUGUGAAUGCAUUGAAAGAACUUAUGAUGCUUCUCAUGAGACAAAUAAUGAUCGGUUAUUGCCAGGAGCAUAUACUAAAGCAAUUGUAAGUGGGGAAUUAAGUUAAAAUUAGAUCGAAACUCUCUUCUGGAUGAACAAUUUUUCAGAAUUUUUGCCCCUUUAGAAGAGGUUCUGUAUAGGUCACAUCAUGGUCCCUUAGAUUUUCUAACUUUCCACAGGCAGCUUAUUGUUGUUGAAUAUGAUCAUAUCAUAUAACGAGAAUGGGGAAUUAAUAGUAAAUUUGUUUCUUUUUUAGUUA